AUGGCAUUGUCUUCUAACUGGGAGAACUUGAAGAAAUCAAAGAGAGUAGUUGUCAAGGAAGGGAAGAAGAAGAAUAAUGGUAAAGCUGUAAAAAAUGAUGGUAAAAUAACUAAGAAUGAGGCUGAAAAGAUGAAGAAACCUCGUAAAAUUAUGGAUAUGAUUUAUAAUAUGAAUAAGGAGAUGAAGAAGGCAAAAGAGGAAAAAAUGUUAGGUAAUGAUUUUGAAUUCAACAAGGAAAUUGGAAAUUCUAAACUGGAUGAAAAAUUAAUGGAUGAUAUAAAAUUGGUUAAUCAUAAUGAAAAAGUUAGUAACACUGGUAAAUAUGUUGCCAUUGAUUGUGAAUUUGUGGGUGUUGGUCCAGAUGCUAAGGAAUCAGCUUUAGCAAGAAUCUCGGUUGUAAAUUACUUUGGUCAUGUUAUAUUAGAUGAAUAUGUGAGACCACAAGAAAAGGUCACAGAUUGGAGAACUUGGGUGAGUGGUAUCAAACCAGAGCACAUGAAGUCUGCAAUUACAUUUAUAGAAGCACAGAAAAGGGCAUCUGAAAUUCUAAAUGGUAGAAUUUUAGUAGGACAUUCGGUUAAACAUGAUUUAGAAGCAUUAUUAGUAUCGCACCCAAAAUCAAUGAUUAGAGAUACCUCAAGACAUUUACCUUUCAGACAAAAAUAUGCAAAGGGUAAAACUGUUAGUUUGAAAAAAUUAGCAAAAGAGAUAUUAAACGUGGAGAUUCAAGAUGGUCGUCAUUCUUCUGUUGAAGAUGCAAGAUCAACAAUGUUAAUAUAUAAAUCAGAUAAACUAGAAUUUGAAAAACUGCAUAAAAAUCAUAAUAACUCUACUCAUUAG